GUAAGAAGAAAACGAAUAAUUUUCUCAAAAUAAAUAAACUGCAUGGAUUUUACGUGUCACAAAAUAAACCAUUCACAAUCGUUGUUUUUUGCUUAACUUUCGCGUCUGAAUCUUUUAAGAAAUCAUUAACAAUGGAUCCCUUCCAUUUUCUGUCUGUUUGUUUCUGGUUAAUCCGGAAACAAGCGACAUUGAAAUCGAUUUGGCUUACCUGAGCUUCCUUUCCCACACCUUGCCAGAUCCCUUCCCAUUUUUCUCAUAAGCGGAAUGUACAAGCAGAAGAGAUAUAUUGUUUAGAUUCUUCCUUAUCCUCUUUAAAGUCAUUUGUCAGUAAUGGAAAGUUCUAAGCCUGAUCCAAAUGCAGCACAAGUAGAGCCUAUAAUAGAUAAUGCAGCUUUAGCUUCAUCAGUUGUUAUUGAUCAAACUGAGAUAGAUCUACAGAGUAGAAUGAUGGAAGGUUCUAGGUCUGGAAGAAUAUAUGAGAGUUCAGAUGAAAAUCUAUCUAAAAAUACUGGUGUUGAAGAUUCUGAAAAUGACCAUAUAGCACCAGCCAGUGAGCUUUCUUCACCCCCUAUAGAUGUCACCACGGUUGCUAUUGAAGGUACACAUGGUGUUUCUGAUGGUCAGAAACUUCAACAAGCUGUUGUCGAUGGUGACAAUGACAUGAUUUUGCCUUCUGCUUCCUCCAAUAAUUCUGCUGAUGGAUCCAUAAAAGAUACUUUGGAUGGACAACAGAGUCAAGGUAAUGGUUCUCUUGGAAGUUCUCCCAAGGUCAAUGACUCUGAGGUAGAAGAUGCUAAAAAGGGCGAUCAUCUAGUCCAAGUCCGUAAUCUUGUUUUGCCUCGUAAACGGAUUAUCACUUCUAGUUUUGAAUCCCCAAAAUCUGGUACUUCAACACUGACAAAAGAAGGUGAUUUAAAUAAAGUUCAUAUUGAUACAGCUGCAACUUUUGAAUCUGUUAAAGAAGCAGGUUCCAAGUUUGGAGGAAUUGUUAGAUGGAAAUCCAAUAGAACACAAACUGUUGAGAGAAGCAAGCUUGCAGUCCAGGACCUUGAGAAACUACAGGAGGAUAUGGUUGUGUAUAAGAAUCGGUUAGUGGAUGCUGAAGAGGCAAAAAUGCAAGUAUUACAAGAGCUGGACAGCACAAUUAGACAAAUAAAUGAGCUAAAGCUAAGCCUGGAGAAAGCACAAAAUGAAGAGAAUCAGGCAAGACAAGACUCUGUACUCGCUAUGCUCAGAGCGGAGGAGAUGGAACAAGGGAUUGGUGAUGAGGCUAGUGUUGCAGCAAAGCAACAGCUUGAGGUUGCUAAAGCUAGGCAUGCUGCUGCUGUUGUGGAGCUGGAAUCUGUUAACGAAGAGUUGGAAACAUUAAGAAAGGGAUAUGCUUCUAUGGUGACUGAGCGAGAUAUAGCCAUUAAGGAAGCUGAAGAGGCCAAAUCUUCUUCAAAAGAGGUUGAGAGGACAGUGGAAGGAAUGACUAUAGAUAUGAUGGCCACAAAGGAGUCUUUAGAGUCUGCACAGGCUACCCAUGUGGGGGCUGAAGAGAAAAGAAUUGUAGCGGCCAUGGCCAGAGACCAAGAUACUCACUAUUGGGAGAAGGAACUAAAACAGGCUGAAGAGGAGCUCCAGAGACUCAAUCAGCAAAUCCAAUCAGAAAAAGACAUGAAACCAAAGCUAGACAUUGCUUCAGCACUGCUACUUGAUUUGAAAGCUGAAUUAGCUGCUUAUUUGGAAUCUAAGUCCAAGUUGGAAAAUAAUGGAUACCUCAGCGAUGCGUCACAGACACCAGAGAAUAGAACUCACACUGAUAUACCAGCUGCGGUUGCUUCAGCAAAGAAGGAACUUGAAGAGGUGAAGCUCAAAAUAGAAAAAGCAACUACAGAAGUGGAUUCUUUGAAGGUGAUUGCUGUUUCAUUGGAAUCAGAGCUUGAAAAGGAAAAGUCUGCUCUUGCCUCCAUGAAGCAAAGAGAAAGCAUGAAAGAAAAAGAGGCCAGAGAUAAAAUGGUGGAGCUAACCAAACUACUGCAGCAGGCAGCACAAGAGGCUGAUGAGGCCAAGUCAGUUGUUGAAAUGGCUAAUCAAGAGCUAAGCAAAUUAAAUGAAGAGGCUGAGCAAGCAAAGGCUGGAGCAGGUACCUUGGAGAGUAGAUUACUUGCAGUUGAAAAGGAGAUAGAGGCAGUUAAGGCUUCAAAGGAGUCAGCUUUAGUUGCUAUCGAAACAUUGCAAGACAUCAAUAAUGUGGAUUCAUCAGAUAGUGUAGUUCUUUCCUUAGAAGAGUACUAUGACCUUAGAAAACGUGCAUAUGAGGUAGAGGAACAGGCCAGCAUGAUCGCGGCAGCUACCGUUUCUCAAAUCGAGGAAGCUAAGCAAUCCCAGUCAAGAAGCUUGGUAAAGCUGGAAGAAGUAAAUCGAGAGAUGGCUGAAAGAAAGAAAGCACUAGAAAUAGCUUUGGAGAAGGCUGAGAAGGCCAAGGAAGGGAAGUUAGGUGUAGAACAGGAAUUGAGACAAUGGAGGGCUAAACAUGAGAAGCGCCGAAAGGCUUCUGGAUCAAGUCAUGGAGGAAACCCUCCAAGGUCAAGUUUUGAGGGAAAGAGACAAAGUAAUAAGGUUGAACCUGUAACCAUGUCUCCUUCCAGCACUCUGGAUACCUCCAAGGCAAUCUAUGGGCAUAACAAAGAAUCUGAAUCAUCCCCAGAGACAGUGGUUGUAAAGAAAAAGAAAAAGUCACUCUUCCCCAAGAUUUUCAUGUUCUUCUCCAGAAAAAAGGCAAGCUUUUCAAAAACCAAGUCCAAAACCUAGUAAACUUCUUGGGUAUUGUGAUUUCACCUCUCUUCUUUUUCUUUUCUUGGUUGUUAAGGUGGCCAUUAAUGUUCAUCAAAGGGUUUACUCUCAGUGUAAAUUCUAUUGAUUCGUUGAUGUAUGAUAAAGUUGAGGAUAUAUUCUUGCUUACUGAGAAGGGUUGUAUGGCUGGAGAAUCUUAAGAAUAAAGGUGGUUCUAUUCUCUAUUGGCUUUGAUAUAAACUGAAGUUCAUUAUGAAUGAAAAACAACUUUGUCUUCUUUGCCUUAUUCAUAA